GACCAAAAACUUCACUAAAUGGAGAUAAAAAAAUGAUAUGGCAGUAUUCAGUAGUCAGUAAGUGGAAGGAGUUGAGGGUCAAAUCAAUUGCGUUGUUGAAUCUUUUAAGAAAAACAUCCACAUAAUACCAAGAAUAUGAGGCUCCUUAUUAUUUUAUUUUCUUUAAUGGGUUUAUCCUUUGCUGCUAAUAUACUUGUCAUGCUCCCGAUGCCGAUGUACAGUCAUACGACAAAUUUCAUGACUGUAUUCAAGGAGCUAGCGAAACGAGGGCAUAAUGUCACCUGCGUUAGCCCAUUCCCUCAAAAAACUGCUUUGAAGAAUUGGAAUGACAUUACUGUGAAAAAUACGCUUGCUGAUUUGAUGGCACAAAUUGGCCCUCUUAAUUUGUUAGAUAUGGACUCCAUGUUGUUCAUUUUGAUCUUUUUUUGGAAAAUGUGUGAAAGGUUAGCCGAAAUUGCUCUUGAACAAGAACCAGUUCAAAGGAUCAUCCAAGAUACAACAUCAUCCUAUGAUCUGAUAAUAACCGAAACAUUUUUCGCACAUGAGCCAUUUCUUGCUCUUGGCCACAAGUACAAUGCUCCAGUCAUCAAUGUGAACAGUUUCGGAUUAACACCGACAAUAGCAUUUUUCACAGGAAAUCAUUAUCCCACUUCAUAUGUACCAAAUUACAGUUUUCCAUCAUCGGAUAAGAUGUCAUUUUAUGAAAGAAUGACAAACAGUUUCUUGUACAUGUGGUAUACAUAUGUAUAUGAGUUGUACUACUUGAAUCAAGUGGAUUUUUUGAUAAAGAAAUAUUUCAAUUAUCCUGGAUCAGAAAAUAUUCCUCCUGUUGCUGAACUUGCGAGAAAUACAUCGUUAACUUUGCUAGAAACUCACAUAGGAUUGCAUUACCCUCAACCACUGCAAAAAAAUAUGGUUGAAGUUGGUGGCAUAAAUUUACACGAUGGUGAUAAACUUCCUGAUGAUUUACAACAAUUUAUGGACAAUGCACCUGAAGGGGUUAUCUACUUCAGCUUUGGCUCACAUUUCAAUACAUCGCUGCUCAGUGAGUCUGUGCAGAACAGCAUCAUCUCAGCAUUCAGCAAGGUCAAACAAAAAGUGAUUAUGAAAUGGGAUAAAAAUAUUGGCAAAAAUGAAAAUAUUUACACUGGAAAAUGGUUUCCACAAGCGAGCAUUUUAGGGCACUCAAAAUGCAAAAUUUUUAUAACGCAUGGUGGUGUUCAUGGUGUUACUGAAGGACUUUUUCAUGGUGUUCCCCUCAUUGGAAUGCCCAUCUUUGCCGAUCAAAAGUUCAACAUAAAAUUUGUUGAAGAACAUGGCGCAGGAAUCAAUUUGGAACUCAAUAAAGUAACUGAAGACCAACUUCUACAAGCAAUCAACACAAUAUUGACAGACAAAAGGUACAAGGAAAAUGCACAGCUGAGAAAAUCAAUACUGAGAGAAAAUCCAGUUAGCCAGUUAGAAAACGCUAUUUAUUGGAUUGAAUAUGUGAUCAAGUUUAAAGGUGCUCGUCAUCUGCGUCCAACAUUGUUAGAUCUAUCUUGGUUCCAGGGGUUUCUUAUUGACAUUACCUUGGCAUUUAUUGGAUUAACUUUAGUGUUUUUCUUUAUUCUCUUUAUAAUGAUUAAAUAUACAGUGAAGUUACUAAAAUGUAUGUUUAGAAGCAAGAAUGAUAACAAAAAAUCAAAGAAAGAAUAAAAAUUAUGCAUUCUAAUAGA